AGGAGUUAGAUGGAACUAGUGGGCCGGAAACGAGAGCCCACCCUACAGUUCUGCCCAUGCUUUAGAAGUUUAGAACUCUCGAUUCACACUAAUCUCAAUCGCCGGAACCCCACCGGCGACUCGCCGAGUCCUUCUCCGGCUACUACGGCGGCCGCCGGCGGUACGGCCCGUCAAGUUCAUCCUCUCUCGCUUGCUCGUUCUCACUUUGGUCCUCGUCAAAUCCUGAGUUGCCUCUUGUCGUUCGUCGGUGUGGCGGUGUCGCAGCCCAGAAAAUCCAGAUGCCAGGAUGAUGCCCGAGGAAUCGCCAUCGCUUCUCCUGGAGUGUUACGGCGUGGACCGUCUGGACCAGCGGCUGCCCUCCAUGGAGGGUCUCAGCAGCGGGGAGGAAGGUGAGGAGGAGGAGGAGGAGGAAGGGGGCUCCGGAUUCCACGACGACGGGACGGGGCUCUCGCCGGAGACGGCGGAUGACCCCGUGCCGUACGUCGGGCAGAGGUUCCCGACGCACGACGCGGCGUACGAGUUCUACAGCGGGUUCGCGAAGCGGUGCGGGUUCUCGAUCCGGCGGCACCGGACGGAGGGGAAGGACGGCGUGGGCAAGGGGCUGACCAGGAGGUACUUCGUGUGCCACCGCGCGGGGAACUCGCCGGCGAAGCCCUUCGCCGCCGACGCCGACGCCAGGCCGCAACGGAACCGGAGGUCCUCCCGCUGCGGGUGCCAGGCGUACAUGCGCAUCGGCCGGAGCGUCGUCGCCGCGGGGGACCCGGAGUGGCGGGUCACGGGGUUCUCCAACCACCACAACCACCAGCUCCUGGGCCAGGACCAGGUGCGGUUCCUCCCGGCGUACCGCGUCGUCUCCGGCGCCGACAGGGACCGGAUCCUGACGUUUGCGAAGUCGGGGAUCUCCGUGCAGCAGAUGAUGAGGAUAAUGGAGCUGGAGAAGCGCGUCGAGCCGGGCAAUCUCCCCUUCACCGAGAAGGAUGUGAGGAACCUCAUCCAGUCGUUCAGGAAGUUUGAUCAGGAAGAGAACGUCGAUCUGAUCAAAAUGUGCAGAAAAUUUAAGGAGAAGGAUCCCGAUUUCAAGUAUGAAUUCACCAAAGAUGCGAACAACCGUCUUGAGAACAUUGCCUGGUCGUUUGCAUCGUCUGUUCAGUCCUAUGAGAUGUAUGGUGAUGCUGUUGUAUUUGACACAACUCAUCGGUUGACUGCUCUGGACAUGCUGCUCGGGAUUUGGGUUGGAUUGAACAAUUAUGGGAUGCCAUGCUUCUUUGGUUGUGCCCUUCUAAGGGAGGAAAAUGUGCAAUCCUUUGUAUGGGCAUUGAAGGUAUUUCUCAACUUCAUGAACAGAAAAGCUCCACAAACAAUACUGACAGAUGAAAAUAUGUAUCUCAACGAAGCAAUUGAAAAGGUGCUUCCAGGCACAAAGCAUGCCCUCUGCAUAUGGCUUAUUUCAGCCAGGUUUCCAUCUUGGUUUGAUGCAGUUCUCGGUGAGCUUUACAAUGACUGGAAAAAUGAGUUCUAUAGGCUGUAUAAAAUGGAAAGCACAAUGGAGUUUGAUCUUGGGUGGAAUGACAUGGCAAACUGCUAUGGAUUAAAUGGAAAUAGGCACAUUGCUAGUCUGUUUGCAUCACGAACUCGUUGGGCAUUGCCAUACUUGAGAGGGCAGUUUUCCGCAGGACUGCUUGCUUCUGGAGUAACCUCAAAGUCAAUAAAUGCCUUCAUUCAGCGAUUCUUGAGUGCUCAGACACGCCUAGCCCAUUUUAUUGAGCAGGUCGCAGUAUAUGUUGAACAUAACGACCAGUCUGAGGAGCAACAAAUGAUGCAACAAAAUUUGCAAAGCAUACCCUGCAAAGCAUCAGCUCCAAUGGAAGCGCAUGCGGCUGCAGUGCUCACUUCCCAUGCGUUCUCUAAGCUACAAGAUGAGCUUGCUGCGGCUUCUCAGUAUGCAUCAUUCCACUUGGAAGGGAAUAUCUUUCUUGUUCGUCAUCAUACCAAGACAGAUGGUGGGUGCAGUGUGAGAUGGAGCCAAAGAGAGGAGCUAAUCUCUUGCAGCUGCCAGAUGUUUGAGUCUGCUGGGAUCCUCUGCCGGCAUGCCCUCCGUGUGAUCUCGACUUUAAACUACUUUCAGAUCCCGGAUCACUACCUCCCAGUGCGAUGGCGCAGAACCCAGCCAUCUCCUUCCAAGUCCUUGAAUGGUCCUCACUGUGGCGAGUCACCUGAGAGAGUGAGAGCAUUGCAGUCCAUGUUGUCAGCUCUGGUGACCGAAGCUUCCAAAUCCAAUGAGCGGAUGGACAUCGCGACGCAGGAGGUCUCGGGCCUAUUGUCGCGGAUAAGGCAGCAACCUGUCGUCGUGCACGUUUCAGGUGAUGGCGUCCACAAGCAGAGGUAGCUAAACCGUUCACUCCAUGAGUGAGUGAUAACUGACAACUUGAAACCUGUGUGAGGCUCGUGCAACAUGUACAUUUGGUAGAUUUUUUAGGGCAACCAUUUUCUUUAGCUGAGAACGCAAUUCUGCUGGGCUUUGCAGUGACCAUUUUUUUUUCUUUUUUUCACCUGCAUUCUUUUGCUGUGCACACAUGGCUAUGCGCGCAUUUUGACUGCAUGCUAGUCACCGCAGUUGUGAAGCUGAUUUCAUGUCAUUGGAAGUUGGAAGUGACUGUAGGCUGUUAUUGAAUUAUAUGGUUAAACUUUUGUGUCAGCUGUGACAGCCGUCUUAGCUCAGCCGGUAGAGCGCAUGGCUUUUAACCA